AAAGAAAAGAGGGAAACCAGCUCCGUCAUCUUCUUCCUCUUGCCCAUCUGCCCUCUGUCUUGUUCGUCGGCGACUACACCACAAACCCACGAGCAGCAGCGUCGACCACUGACUCCGACGACCAGUCCUCGCGUGUCAGACGAUUCAGACCGACGUGCUCUUGCUGCACGUUCGACAGCUGACACUCACUUCGAACAAGUUCCGUUUGAGUCCACCAACUGUAUUGAAAAAUACGGGCUGUUACAAAUCCACCAACUUUGUGAAGGUUCAAUGUCCAAUUCAUCAUUUCCAAGUUCUACACGAAUGGUUGAGCAAUAGCAUGCUAUUGAAACCUCCAAAACCCUCGAUUUUAAUUGCUCAAUUAGCCCAAAUCCACACCAACCUCCUCAUAAAUCCAAAACCCCACAUUCUUAACCCUUUGCUCGGUUCUUUGGUAAACUCCGUCUCCCCUGAAAAUGGCCUCUUCCUCUACAACCAAAUGCUUCGCUACCCAUCUUCCCACAACCAUUUCACCUUCACUUACGCCCUCAAAGCCUGUUGUUUCCUCCAUGAAACCCAAAAGGGCCUCGAAAUCCAUGCCCAUCUCAUCAAAUCAGGUCACCUUUCUGACAUCUUCCUCCAAAAUUCUCUGCUCCAUUUCUACAUUCUCGAUGGGGAUGUUCCUUCUGCUUCUCGAAUCUUUGAUUCCAUCCCUGACCCAGAUGUUAUUUCGUGGACUUCGAUCAUUUCGGGUCUUUCCAAGCUGGGUUUUGAAAAAGAAGCUCUGGGUAAGUUCUUGUCCAUGAAUGUGAGGCCUAAUUCUACUACUCUUGUUACUGCUUUAUCUGCUUGUUCUAGUCUUAGAUGUCUCAAGCUUGGGAAAGCUAUACAUGGGCUUAGAUUGAGGAGUUUGAAUGAGGAAAAUGUUAGUUUGGACAAUGCCCUGCUUGAUUUUUAUGUUAGAUGUGGGUAUUUGAGGAGUGCAGAGUACCUGUUUGAUGAAAUGCCUAAAAGAGAUGUAGUGUCUUGGACUACGAUGAUUGGGGGCUAUGCACAGAGAGGAUUGUGUGAAGAGGCUGUGAGGGUAUUUCAAAACAUGGUUCAUGUGGGAGAGGCUAUCCCCAAUGAGGCCACUCUAAUUAAUGUAUUGUCUGCAUGUUCUUCCAUUUCUGCUCUGCAUUUAGGUCAAUGGGUGCAUUCUUAUAUCAACUCUAGGCAUGAUGUGAUAAUUGAUGGAAAUGUCGGAAAUGCUUUGAUUAACAUGUAUGUCAAAUGUGGCAACAUGGAAAUGGCAAUUUUGAUCUUCAAAGCUAUUGAGCACAAGGACAUCAUAUCAUGGAGUACAAUCAUUAGUGGGUUAGCCAUGAAUGGCUUAGGAAAUCAAGCUUUUGGUCUCUUCUCACUCAUGUUAGUUCAUGGCAUUUCACCAGAUGACAUAACAUUUCUUAGCUUGUUAUCUGCUUGCAGCCAUGGUGGGUUGAUCAAUCAAGGCUUGAUGGUGUUUGAAGCCAUGAAAGAUGUUUAUAAUAUUUCACCUCAAAUGAGGCAUUAUGCUUGUAUGGUGGACUUGUAUGGAAAGGCUGGGCUUUUGGAUGAAGCAGAGGCAUUCAUAAAGGAGAUGCCUAUGGAAGCAGAAGGCUCAGUUUGGGGAGCUUUGCUUCAUGCUUGUCAAAUUCAUGGGAACGAGAAGAAGUAUGAGAAAGUUAAGGAAUGGCUGCUUGGAAGCAAAGGGGUAACAGUGGGAACUUUUGCUUUGUUAUCAAAUACUUAUGCUAGUUGUGAUAGAUGGAAUGAUGCUAAUGAAGUUCGAGAUACCAUGAGAAGUAAAGGGUUGAAGAAAAUGGCUGGAUGUAGUUGGAUUGAAUUGGUUGAUUCAUCGAAUUCUUUAGGUUAAAUAUGCGGCAGAGAUGCAGUAAGAUGUUGAAAAGUUAUGUUUUCAGUUAAAUUGCAUCUCUCAUAAUUGUAUUUUACCAUUGAAAAUUUUGAAGUAUGUUUAUAAAUCUUGAAUUAUUAUUAA